GAGCGUGUGUCACGCCCUUGAAGACAGCGGUGUGCACCAUAAAGUGUCCUGUGGAGACUAUCACGUGGAAGACAAUAUAGAACUGUUGAAAUGCAAGAUGUUUUCGGGACUGCAUUUUGUCGGAGAUGUGCGCGAAGACGUCAAAGCUACCGCCUUGCGUCAGUUACUGGAUUGCGACCACUUGACUUCUCUUGCCCUGCAGAUUCCGAGAGGCAACCUAGCCGUGUGCUCGGCUCUGGCAGAGUACGUGCAGUCUACGUCGGUGCUGCGUAAGCUCGAGGCACACACGGAACGCUCUGACGAACAGGGCUUUUCAGACGAGUGGUGGCACAUCAUCGUGCGGUCUCUGUCGAGGAACAAAAGCAUAAAGGAACUAACCUUCUACGCACACGACAUGAGCGACAGUGACGUGGAGAGCCUAGCCGAGGCAAUCAAAGCCAGCACGAACAUCAGAAAGCUCACCUUCGGAGAUUCGAGCAGGACGGGCCUGCGUGCCUUCGUGACACGCCUUUCCGCCGACAUUGCGCAGAACCAUACUCUUCUCGGCGUUGUCUUCGAAAACUGGCUGGACCAAGAAGGGCUGGACACAUCCUCGAACGUGUUUGCCAUCUCCGAGGCCACGCGCAGAAACUCGGACCUGCUGGCGGCUGCUGCGGCGUUUCCGAAGGCUGCGGAACUGGACAGGCGCAGCACGGCAGCCUUGGAACGCAUCUACAAGCUCCAUGCCGAGCUGUUGGAAGACCUUGCGGAGCUUGUGGACGUCAGCGCGGCUGAAAUCGGAGCUAUGGCGCAUCGCCAUCUGCAAAGAACCGCCAGCUUGGACGAGUACAUGCGUACCACGGGCGUCGUCAAGGAACGAGUCAAGUGCCAUCCGCGUGACGACAGACGCAUGCAGCUGGACGACCUGGGCGAAGACUGCUGGGCUCUGGUCAGGCGGUUCCUGAUGCUGGAUGACGUCGAAGAGGCCGUUACUCACCAGGAAAACCUUUGAGCCGUUCGAGCAGCAACGACAUCAGCAAAAUUCUUCAUCGAUUCGUUAGAUGAAUCGUCGAUAUUAGGCGAGUAA